AUGCUUCCGGUGAUAAGCCGGACGCCGAAAAUCAACUCAAUACGGCCACUUCUAUUGAAGCGGAACUUCUCGGUUACUCCAAGACGCAAGGAAAUCAGAAAUAUUGACUCGCUUCCACCGCGCCUAAUUCCCAGUUAUCAAGAAUCAAAUGAAAAUGAUCUUCUUUCUCUCCAGUGGCCGGGACCCCCGAGGAACGUCUUUGUCGUUAAGAAAGACUGCGCUCCAGAAGUGACAAAAUCGCUGGUCGAGUUUAUCAGCCACGCUGCGUCCACAUAUCCAAAUGUUGGCAUCAUUUUGGAACCCAAGGUCGCGGAGGAAGUACACUCGUCCUUGUCGUUCCCUGUUUAUACGGCGUCUUUGGAUAGACUGCCAUGUGCAUUGCAUAAGAAAGUGGACCUCAGCGUUACACUUGGCGGCGAUGGGACAAUCCUGCAUGCUUCCUCUCUGUUUGCCACGUGCGUCAAUGUUCCACCCAUGCUGUCGUUCAGCAUGGGCACUCUGGGAUUCCUUGGCGAAUGGAAAUUUAGUGAAUAUAAGCGCGCAUUUCGCGAAGUUUACAUGUCCGGUGCAGGAGUGGGUGAUCGUGCUCCUGUACUCGGGGCCCCUCAUUCCUCGAAAGCCGAGGAGCAAUCAGAAGGCAUCACCGGAUGGUCCUCGAUUCGCGGCAAGUCUAUGGGUCUGGAUCGUGGAGCCCGUAUCUUGAUGCGAAACCGUCUCAAGGUCGCCCUGUUUACUGCGGAUGGACACCCCGUUGAAGCAGAUAAGUGCUUGGAGCCCAGCCAAGGCAUGGGAAACGAUGGAUUGUAUGUCAUGAAUGAAAUACUGCUCCACCGUGGAAAGGAGCCACAUCUUGCCAUCUUGGACGUAUACGUGGGAGGAAGGUUUCUUACUGAAGCCGUGGCAGACGGUAUUAUCAUUUCCACGCCGACUGGAAGUACAGCAUAUAGCCUCAGCAGCGGAGGUAGUAUCGUGCAUCCCUUAGUGCCAGCAGUGCUUUUAACACCAAUAUGUGCUCGAAGUCUUAGCUUCCGACCUUUGGUUCUGCCGGCCAGCACGCCCAUCACGCUUCGCCUGAGUGAGAAAAACCGGGGUAGAGAACUUGAAGUCAGUAUAGACGGCGUCAACAUGACACAAGGGAUGACAGCUGGGAUGGAGGCUCGCGUCUGGAACGAAGAGAUGCGACAUAGUGAGGAUGUAUGGCAGGGUGGAGUGCCCUGCGUCAUGCGAAGGAUCCUGGGCGGCGAGGCUCGAGAUGGCGAGGCUCAUGAUGGAUGGGUAGGAGGAUUAAACGGAUUGCUCAAGUUCAACUAUCCGUUCGGAGAGUAG